AUGGCGCAAGAGAUCAUCUAUGCGAAUACAACGAAGUUUGAAGUCGGUGGUAAGGGCACACUUUAAUGACAGGCUCCCUUCCCUUUUAAGAAAUGUCUCACAUUUUGAAUCGGGGCUUGGUCUGGGGGAGCAAAGGCAUUACAGCAGCAGAUUAGAUUUCAUGGAGAAGAAGGCUAUCAGUGGCUUCUAACCACAAUUGCAUCCCCUCCAGCGUUUCUCCAGUGAAAAUAAGGACAUUCAUUGCUAUUUUUCUAAGGCAAACGGGGCUGGAACUCAUGGCCACCUCUGUCAUUCUCUUUGAAUGGCAAUGGUGCCCAUCUGAGAGGUGCCGGAACUCAGUUCCAGUGAGUUCCAGCUGGGGGGGAAUCCUUGGGGACAUCCUAUUCCAUGCCCUCCAACAUUUCUCCGACGAAAAUAGGGACGUCCUAGGGGACGCUGGUGGUGCUGUGGGUUAAACCACAGAGCCUAGGACUUGCCGGUCAGAAGGUCGGCGGUUCGAAUCCCCACGACGGGGUGAGCUCCCGUUGCUCAAUCCCUGCUCCUGCCAACCUAGCAGUUCGAAAGCACGUCAAAGUGCAAGUAGAUAAAUAGGUACCGCUCCGGCAGGAAGGUAAGCGGCGUUUCCGUGCGCUGCUCUGGUUCGCCAGAAGUCAUGCUGGCCACAUGACCCAGAAGCUGUACACUGGCUUCCUUGACCAGUAAAGCGAGAUGAGCGCUGCAACCCCAGAGUUGGACACAACUGGACCUUAUGCUCAGGGGUCCCUUUACCUUUUUUUAGGGAAAAGCAGGGCAUUCUGGGAUCAAAUCAGAAAUGUGGAAGGCUUCUGUAAAUCUGACAUGGUCCCUGGGAAAUAGGGACACUUGGGGGGUCUGCAAUGGCUAUGUUAUCACUGCGCUCUGGGGUGCAGUAGUGCUUCUGAAUAGCACCAGUUUCUGGGAAGUGUUGCUGUUGCACCCAGGUCCCUUUGGGGCAUCGUGAGACCAGGAUGAAUGGGAGCCCUCUGGCCUGAUCCAGCAGGAAUUGUAAUGCACCUUUGUCCAAAGUGAAUAUCAAAGUGGGGGAUAUUGGGGAGGAGGUCUGUCUGCUCCUCUUUGCCCCUUGCAGUGUUUGAAAUUCCCCAGGCACCAGAAUAUCAGAAGACCCUGCUGGAUCAGACCAUCCAUCUGGUAAAUUUGAGGGGAGUGGCUUUCCUUGUGGAGGACAAUUGCCUUACCUGAGCUAUUGCUCUUACCUGUGGCAACGCAAUCCUGAGAGCCAGUCCUGGGUCCGGUGAUAGGAACGUAAGGAGUCAUAAGGUCAAUUGCCGGUGCCCGAUGCAAAGUCUGGUGCAAGGCAUCUUUUGCAAGAAUGGGCUUGUCAACAUCCUGCUUCCUCUCUGCUUAUCAGUGCCCCAGAGUCCACAGUGGCUUCCUGUUGUGUGAAGGUUGAAUUUAAUCCAUAAUAUGGGGCUGGGGGUGAGGUGGGGGACAAACACACACCUACGGUCCUCCUGCGGGAUGCAGUUGCUGGACUCUCAUCCUCCUCUGAAAAGAUGGCCGGAAACGAUGGGGUGGAACUCAACAUCUGCAAUAAAGCUCUUGUGAAACUGCAGAGCUUGCAGAGUUUCACAGAUGAAAAUAAAUAAGCUCUUAAGAAACAUCCCUCCCGCCUGAUUCCCACACCAACUCGUGUACCCCACCCAAACCAGGCAUCAAGCGAGACACACUGCAGAACACACCUGCAAAUGGACUAGAGACAAAAUGUAAAAAAUAAGACAUUUAUAUUAUGUUAUAUUUUUGACAUUUUUUGUCUUUGGGAAGUUCUAUGUAAUUGACUGCAUAGUUGUGUGAGCCGUGUUUCUUUAUCUCUCUGUAUUCCUUUGCAUUGUGUUUUGCAAAGGCACCAGAGCAGGUUUUUUUCUUUCUUUUUUAGUGGGGAAUUUAUUAUUUGUUUCUAUUCCAAAAUAUAUACUUAUAGACUGCCGAUUUGCAUAGCGUAUGAACCUAAAAGCAGAAUGAAGUGCAAUCCCACAAUGGACCAGAGCAACUCCAUCUCAAACACAUCUCAUAAGAGCACUUAAGGAGAGCCCUGCAGGAUCAGGCCCAAGGGGGGUCCCGUCCCCCCUCAGCCUAGCAUCCUGUCCUCACAGCAGUCAAGCAGCUGCCCAUGGGAAACAUGCAAACAGUAUCUGAGCCCAAGAACACUCUUCCCUCCUUUCACUUCUCAUAUUGUUUUGGGAAGUGUGAAUUAGAAGGGGGGGGGGGUAAAUUGGCUUUAAAUGUGAACUAGAAUCAUAGUAUCAUAGAAUUAUGAGUGCCUGGAGGCAGUUGGAGGAUGGAUGGAGGCUAACAGAUUGAGUUUGAACCCUGACAAGACAGAAGUACUGUUUCUGGGGGACAGGAGGUGGGAAGGUAUGGAGGACUCUCUGGUCCUGAAUGGGGUAACUGUGCCCCUGAAGGACCAGGUGCGCAGCCUGGGAGUCAUUCUGGACUCACAGCUGUCCAUGGAGGUGCAGAUCCAUUCUGUGUCCAGGGCAGCUGUCUCCCAGCUCCAUCUGGUACGCAGGAUGAGACCCUCCCUGGCCACGGACUGUCUCGCCAGAGUGGUGCAUGCUCUAGUUAUCUCCCGCUUGGACUACUGCAAUGUGCUCUACGUGGGGCUACCUUUGAAGGUGACCUGGAAACAGCAAUUAAUCCAGAAUGCAGCAGCUAGACUGAUGAUGGGGAGUGGCUGCCGAGACCGGUCUUGAAAGACCUACAUUGGCUCCCAGUACGUUUCCGGGCUGAAUUCAAAGUGUUGGUGCUGACCUUUAAAGCCCGAAACAGCCUCAGUCCAGUAUACCUGAAGGAGCAUCUCCACCCCCAUCAUUCUACCCAGACACUGAGGUCCAGCGCCGAGGACCUUCUGGCGGUUCCCUCAUUGCGAGAAGCCAAGUUACAGAGAACCAGGCAGAGGGCCUUCUUGGUGGUGGCACCUGCCUUGUGGAAACCCUCCCACCACAUGUCAAAGAGAACAACAACUACCAGACUUUUAGAAGACAUCUGAAGGCAGCCCUGUUCAGGGAAGCUUUUAAUGUUUGAUGCAUUACAGUAUUUUAAUAUUUUGUUGGAAGCCGCCCAUAGUGGCUGGGGAAACCCAGCCAAAUGGGCGGGGUAUAAAUAAUAAAUUAUUAUUAUAUUAUUAUUAUUGUAGAGUUGGACCCUGAGAGUCGUCUAGUCCAACCUCCUGCAAUGGAGGAAUCUCAGCAAGACCAUACAUGGAUUUCUCUCCCCGCCCCAAUCCCUAUUCUUCACUGGGGCACCACUCAGUGCUACUCAGCCCCUCAGGUUUUUUUCCAUCGAGUUUUAUGUAAACUGCUUUGCUUGUUUUUAAUGGUAUGGUUCUAACCUGCCCUGCCUGAGACCUGCUGAUGGAGGGCAGGUAAGAAACCUUACCUGUCUGAGGGGGUUGUAGUCCCCUGGAGCCUCACUUUUAAGAGAAAGCAGGGUGGGGGGAUGAAAUUUUAAUCUUUCCCACCAUCCUCUGCCUCCUUCAGCUUCUUCUCCAUCUCGCAAGAGAGACAUCUCCACCACCAUCAUCGUGACGCUCCUGACUCUGCUGCUGCUACUGCUGGCCACCUCCCUCAUUGCAAUGGCCCUUCUCUGUAAGUACAACUACACGUUUCCUACUUUGAUCUCAAUUACAUCUGUCCAGGCCCCAAUGAGUGGUGAGAGUGCCUCUGAGGACGUGCAGAACGAAGCAACCAUUUUGCUGCUUUGGGCAAUCACACACAUGCUUCCAUUAUGUAAUAAAAAAUUUAAGGUCUUUUAAAUGUUCAUAAAUGUACCAACCAAGCACGUACAUAGAUGUGUGGACCACAUGUCUGGAGCAGCACAGGAAGACUGCCCUGAAACUAUUUUGACUCCCAAACUGACCAAAUGUUUUCUCUGCAAGGAGGGAGGGGAUGAGGGAACCUUCCCAUUGUCUCAGGGAUUGGGUAAUCACCGUCUCAAAGGAAUGGCCAGACUACCAUCUGAUAAGGCAUUAUCAGAUAACCUGCCAGACAGGAGAUAAACAACGCACUCAGAUUUCUGUUGUAGACCACCCUUUCUGUGAUGUAGGUAUGAUAUAAUAAUAAUAAUAAUUUUUAUUUAUACCCCGCCCUCCCCAGCCAAGGCCGGGCUCAGAGCGGCUUACAAGCAAUAAUAAAAACAAAUUGAAUGAUUACAACUUAAAAACAAAAUUAAAAUACAACAUUAAAAUAUGGAAACAUUAAAAUAUUAAAAUGUAGCCUCAUCGCAGGAGGAGAAGGAAAGGAAAAAAGAAAGAGAGGGAGGGAAUCAAACUGGCUCCAAGCCAAAGGCCAGGCGGAACAACUCUGUCUUACAGGCCCUGCGGAAAGAAAUCAGAUCCUGCAGGGCCCUGGUCUCAUGAGGCAGAGCGUUCCACCAGGCCGGAGCCAGUGUUGAAAAGGCCCUGGCUCUGGUUGAGGCUAAUCUAACUUCCUUAGGGCCCGGGAACACUAGGGUGUUGCUAUUUAUGGACCUUGAGGCUCUCCGUGGGGCAUACCGGGAGAGGCGGUCUCAUAGGUACGAGGGUCCUAGGCCGUGAAGGGCUUUAAAGGUCAAAAGCAGCACCUUAAAUCUGACCCUGUACUCCACCGGGAGCCAGUGCAGCUGGAAAAGCACUGGGUGAAUAUGCUCCCAUGGCAGAGACCCCGUGAGGAGCCUCGCUGCAGCAUUCUGUACCCGCUGGAGUUUCUGGGUCAGCUUCAAGGGCAGCCCCGCGUAGAGCGAAUUACAGUAGUCAAGCCUGGAGAUGACCGUCGCAUGGAUCACUGUGGACAGGUCGGGGCGGGAAAGGUAUGGGACCAACUGCUUGAUGCGGAGAAGGUGGGAAAAUGUCGCCUUGGCUGUUGCUGUAACUUGCGCCUCCAUGGAAAGGGAGGCGUCAAGGAUUACACCCAAACUCUUAACGGAAGGCAAUGGCACUAAUUGGGCCCCCGCAAGAGAAGGGAGUUGGUCCCUCAUCCCCAUGCCAUCCCGACCUAGCCAUAGGACCUCUGUCUUCAAAGGAUUUAGUUUCAAUCAGCUCCCACGAAACCAUCCAGCUACAGCUUCCAAGCAUCUGGUCAGUGUGUUCGGGGCCGAGUCGGUGUGGCCAUCCAUCAGCAGAUAGAGCUGAGUGUCAUCAGCAUAUUGGUGACAGCCCAGCCCAAAGCUCCGGAUAAUCUGGGCAAGGGGGCGCAUAAAGAUGUUAAAAAGCAUCGGGGAGAGGAUUGCGCCCUGCGGCACUCCACACACCAAGGAGUGGUGCGACGACAUUUCCCUCCCUAGUGCCACCCUCUGUCCCCGACCAGAGAUAAAAGAGCACAGCCAGUUAUGGGCUAUACCCUGUAUCUCCACGUCUGUGAGGUGGUGGUCCAGAAGAUCAUGAUCGACCAUGUCAAAGGCCGCUGACAAAUCUAAAAGGAUCAGCAGUCCUGACCCGCCUCGAUCCAGUUGUCUACAGAGAUCAUCUGUGAGGGCAACCAGAGCCGUCUCGGUCCCAAAACCAGGAUGGAAACCGGACUGAAAUGGAUGAUAUAUCGGGAGGGUGGUCUUGAGCUACACCCCUUCUGUGAUGUAUAGAUGAUGUUUCUGGGGGUGGUCUUGGACUCCAGGGUGGGCAAUUUAAAAUGUCUAUAUAAAGGCAGGCACACCUUGGUUCGGGGUUCCUCUUCCUUUCCUGCGUGUGAGGGAGGCACCCUGUUGCAACAGUUCAAUAAAGAUCAGGCUUACGAACUGCUUUGCUUCUCAAAAUAGUACUAAUAGUACUAAUAAUAAUAAUAAUAAUAAUAAUAAUAAUAAUAAUUUAUUUAUACCCUGCCCAUGUUCAAAUAUUGAUGUUGAUAGCCAUGUUCAAAUAUAUAAAAGGAUGUCACAUAGAGGAGGGAGAAAGGUUGUUUUCUGCUGCUCCAGAGAAGCAGACACGGAGCAAUGGAUCCAAACUACAAGAAAGAAGAUUCCACCUAAACAUUAGGAAGAACUUCCUGACAGUAAGAGCUGUUCGACAGUGGAAUUUCCUGCCAAGGAGUGUGGUGGAGUCUCCUUCUUUGGAGGUCUUUAAGCAGAGGCUUGACAACCAUAUGUCAGGAGUGCUCUGAUGGUGUUUCCUGCUUGGUAGGGGGUUGGACUCGAUGGCCCUUGUGGUCUCUUCCAACUCUAUGAUUCUAUGAUUCUAUGAUUCUAUGAUUCUAUCUGGCUGGGUUUCCCCAGCCACUCUGGGCAGCUUCCAACAAAAUAUUAAAAUACAAUAGUCUGUCAAACAUUAAAAGCUUCCCUAAACAGGGCUGCCUUCAGAUGUCUUCUAAAAGUCUGGUAGUUGUUAUUCUCUUUGACAUCUGAUGGGAGGGCGUUCCACAGGGCGGGUGCCACCAUCGAGAAGGCCCUCUGCCUGGCUCCCUGUAACUUGGCUUCUCGCAGUGAGGGAACCGCCAGAAGGCCCUCGGCGCUGGACUUCAGUGUCCGGGCAGAAAGAUGGAGGUGGAGACGCUCCUUCAGGUAUACUGGGCCGAGGCCGUUUAAGGCUUUCUCUGGUUGGCCUCUGUUAUUGUCUCCUACCGAUGGAGAACCUACAAAGGAUUCUAUAAGGGCUCUUGUGUCCCCCAUAAGGGAAUAAGGGCAGAUUUUGUUUACGACAAUUAAAAGCUAAAUGCUGGUCACUGCCCACCCCUGAAAAUACCCCGCAAAAAUGAGAGAACCAGAGCAAAGGUGAGGUUUUUCCAAGUGGGAGGGAAAUUAGCCUUGAAAAGCGAUGGUGGGGAAGGAAGGGAUUUGAUCUGAAUAGGGAAGAGUUGGCUGGCCUGCAGAAAAUGCCACCGGCCCCAUUGCCAGGAAGACCAGCAGAACAAAAUCUUGGAAGGGCCAAAGUGCCAUUGGUAUUCAAGAGGCAUGCUCAAGGAUGGGCUGUAACAUCCCAGAAGAUACUGCAAGGCUCCGUAGAUCAGGCAAAGGCCAACUCUGGCCCUCCAGAUGUUUUGGGACUACAAUUCCCAUCAUCCCUGAUCACCGGUCCUGUUAGCUAGGGAUGAUGGGAAUUAUAGUCCCAAACAUCUGGAGGGCCAGAGUUUGCUUUUGCCUGAUCUAGAAGUACAUGGGAAUUUGCAGGAGAACAUGAAUGAUAGGUCCCUGCCCCGUGGAGCUUACAAAAUCUAGAAUUUGGCAGGGCAAGUAGGAGAGGCAAGGAUACUCAAAUGGAUUGUGGGCCGACGCAGUUCCAUUUGUGCCUCUGCUGCAGUUGGGAGGAGAACAAAAAAAAAGUUCCGACCCUGUUUAAAAGAAAAGGGGUAGCAGGGAGUUCUGAGCAAAACUCCAAACUCUGAAAUCUGUUCAGCAUUUUCAGAUUUUUGGAUUUCCUACUUUGCACGCCCCCUUCACACUUCUUGCCUUCGCUGGCACUUUUAUUUGGAAGUUAAUCCUGCAUGUCUGCCAUGUCAGGGCAGAUAAAAGAAAGUCCUUCUUCAUGCAGCGCACAGAUAACCUGUGGAACUCCCUGCCACAGGAAAGAGUGAUGGCCACCAAUUUGGAUGUGUUUUAAAAAGGAUUAUUAGACAAAUAAUUGUCUAAUAAUAUUAGACAAACCACAAGAAGGGGGAGUGCUGCUCUUGCGUUCGAAUCCUGGUUGUGGGUUUCCCACAGGUCAGCCAUUGGCUCGAUCCAGCAUGCUCUUAUGAUGUUCAUAUGGUUUGUAGAUUCCCAGAAGGAGAAGAAACUCCAGGAAAUCGAAGGAGUGAUGGAGAAGAUCAGAACCUCCCUGUUUCUCAGCAAUAUCUCUCUUUCACCAGCGGAAGCAUCUGAGAGUAAGUUGCAAAACCCAGAAAUGAGGACAACCCUCAGAGUAUGUGAGGAUGGGAAGGGUUCCUAUUUUUAAUCGUUUCCCUUCCUUUCCUCCAGAUGAUUUGUGCCCUUCGUCAUUUAAUUUGCAUAAUGAAAAGUGUUUGUCCUCACAGCCAAGCUAGGAAAGUACGGUAGGUUAUUGUUGUGCCCAUUUUACAGUUGGGAAACUGAGGCUGUGAUAAUAGGCCACACAAUGCGUCUAUGGCAUAAGAAGUGGAUCUUGCAGGAUCAGGCCAAUGGCCCACCUAGUCCAGCAUCCUCUUCUCACAGUGGCCAACCAAUGCCCCUAUGGGAAAGCAGCAAGCAGGAUCCGACCACAAGAGAAACACUCUCCUCUCCUGUAGUUUCCAGCAACUGGCAGAUUUUAAAUACCUCCUUCAGGGAUAAGGAACACCGGUUUCUCUGAUUAGAGUACCCUGUGCCUUUAAACAGAAAGCCAACAGGUGCAGCUGCCCCAAUCACUGCAUCUCAGUGAUUUUCUUAGCCAGAGAGAAGUUUAUGAAAACGUUACUUUUUGUUAGAAUUCCUGCUCCGUGAUUGCAGUUAUGGGAUUGUUGUCUUUCACAUGACGGUGUAUGUUUUGACUCCACUGAGUGGGAAGCGACGGAGAAAGGAUGUUUGUGUUACUGUGUUCCAUGAAGUGGGAUGUCCGAUGCUGGAGAGGGAAGCGACGGAGAAAGGAUGUUUGUGUUACUGUGUUCCAUUAAAUUGGGACUGUUGUCCUUUGUUCUUUUUCUCUUUGCUGUCCGAUGCUAGAGAGAGAGGGAGCCAUGUUGCAGUGCUCCGUGUGUGUUGAUAUGUAAGUAAAGUAGAUUAGCCAAAAUGCUGAGUUGCUGAGGUCUGUUACGCAUGCUGCACAAACUCUGUGGAUCCCUAAGUGUGCUGGUAUCUCUUCGCAUCGGUCGCUGUGAUGUUCGGGCUAAAGAAAGCUUUGAAGCUCCUGAACGAUCGACCAGGAGGGAGAGAACAUGCCAGUCAGUCUCUGCCAGGGUCCUACUCGAGUGUAAGACGAGCUCCUGACACUUUUCUCCUAGUCUCCUAUUUCACAAAGCUCACUUUGGUCUGACACUACACUGAACUCUGCCCUUCCAGGUGUUCAGCUGCUCCAAAACAUCUCUGAGGCUUUCUACAAGAUCCAAACCCACCUGGGGAACGUCAGUGCGUCAAAAACCGCUAUCCAGAAUCGUCACAGUAAGUAGGGGUCAAAAUCAGUGACGAAGACCUCUUCCAAUCCCACCUUUCCUUCAAGGGGAGUCAGCAUCCCAAACCAUCUCCGGUUCUGGACAUAAGCGGUGCCAACUUCUUAAACGCCUACUGCUCCUGUAAUUGAAACAUAUUAGGAGGUGGCAAUGUUGGUCCUUAUUCAAUUAAAGGACUUUGCCACCUGAUUUCUGCAUAUCACGAUCCAGUUAAAGUUGCAGGGGCAAAACCAAGUCCCCACCCCAACUUGAGUUAUGGCGAUCCUCCUGGCCAGACCUGGGGCAACCACCUCCCGAGGGAGUCUGUUCCUCUGUUGAACAGCUCUUAACAUCAGAAAGUUCUUUCUGAUGUUUAGUCAGAAUCUCCUUCUUGUAACCAGUACAUUUCCGAGCACAAUUCAAAGUGUUGGCGGUGACCUUUAAAGCCCUAAAUGGCCUCGGUUCAGUAUACCUGAAGGAGCGUCUCCACCCCCAUCGUUCUGCCCGGACACUGAGGUCCAGCUCCGAGGGCCUUCUGGCGGUUCCCUCGCUGGGAACCAGACAGAGGGAACCAGACAGAGGGAACCAGACAGAGGGCCUUCUCGGUAGUGGCGCCCGCCCUGUGGAACGCCCUCCCAUCAGAUGUCAAGGAAAUAAGCAGCUAUCUUAUCUUUAAAAGCCAUCAAAGUGCAAGUAGAUAAAUAGGUACCGCUCUGGAGGGAGGUAAACGGCGUUUCCAUGCGCUGCUCUGGUUCUGCUAGUAAGCCAGGUGUCCCUGAAUGCUACUUCCAGCCCUGUGCCAAGUGAGCAGAGCUGGCAAGGGAAAUCCCAGAAUAAGAAUAAGAAUAAGAAUAAGAAUAAGAAUAAGAAUUUAUACCCUGCCCAUCUGGCUGGGUUUCCACAGCCACUCUGGGCGGCUUCCAACCGAAUAUUAAAAACAAUACGGCAAAGUUGCAAAGUCACUGUGUUUUUAACCACAAAGCCCACAAGCCUCUCUCUGGCAGCAUGACAGUUGUGAGUCGAGGAUAAGAAAGACACAAGGACGCAGUAUAUUAGGUUAAUAGGCUAAAAAAAGGCCACAACUUUAUUGAUUACAGCAUGUGAGUGAUAUUGGCUUAGGCAUUGGAUAAAACAACAGAGCUUGACUCCAUACCCUCAGGAAGGGGUGAGUCUAUCAAGGGUUAACCACCAGUAGAAGGAGCCUGUUGAUGCAAAUACAAGGGCGUUGGACAGGAUCCACAAACCACUGGAUUCCUUUAACGGAAUACCCAAAAAGUGGGGGGGUAGGGGAUGGCCACAUGACCCGGAAGCUGUACGCCGGCUCCCUCGGCCAGUAAAGCGAGAUGAGCGCUGCAACCCCAGAGUCGGCCACGACUGGACCUAAUGAUCAGGGGUCCCUUUACCCUUUACCUUUAAGGUAUGUAUGUUCAAAUAUUUCUCACUGUCCGAUUUCCGUGACCAUUCACCGAACUUUCCGGUCACACCUUGUACAUGUAAUGAACAAGUAAGAAUGUUCAAGAACUGUGGUAUUUCACGCCUCUGCAUGACAAACUCCUUCUUGAACUGAAUGGGGGGCGGGAGUUGGCUAUAAAUGCAAUACAUAAAUAAUAUUUAUGCACACACACCAUGCUUGAGCCCCCAUCCCUUCUCUAGCACACAUCCAUUCCCUUUUUUGAGACACCCAUGCUACAUCCUCGAACAGACGAUGCUCAGAUCCAACCCCUCCAAUCAGCCUUUCCUGCAGUUCAGGGUUCCUGAGACCCACUCCCGUUUUUUCUCCCAAAGGGGAACUCCUGGCGUUCCUCUCCGCAGGCUGGAAGUUUUACAACGGCAGCGUCUAUUUCCUUUCCCAAAAGGCAAAGCCCUGGCAGGAAGCUGAGGACACCUGUAGAGCCCAGGGGACACACCUGGUCUCCAUCACGUCAAAGGAAGAGAUGGUGAGCACACACACAGGGCCGUCUUACCCAUAGGCGCUAGGGGUGCGGGGUGUUAGUUUCUGUUUGCCACUGAGCAGCUGCUUAGAGUCAAAGGCUCUGUUUACAUUCCAGAGACCUUCCAGGCUGUUGGAAGUCUCACGGAGGCAGGAGACGGAUGUGAUGUUUACUGGUUUCCUGUUCCUUUGUUCCAGUUGCUCUCUGCUUUCAUAGAGGGAGGGUGUAUUUUUCUUUGCUGUCUGUGUAGUAAGAAAUAAAGCAUAGCGAUGUAGCUAUAAAUCACUUCCCUGUGCUGGAAACUCUGCUGAACGGGAAUGUGCCUGAGGCCUCAUCAAAGGCUCAGGUCGUUAAUUAUUCGUCGGAGGUGAUUCCGAAGGACUCGGCUGGAGGAAGAUGAGCUUUAUCAGCUUGGCCGAGCGGAGAUGCCGACACGGGGCACCUGGGCGCCAGGCUGAGUCCAGGGUCUGAGAGUUGAGUCCAGGGAAGAGCCCGUCUGUCGGUCAGAGCGCUACAGUGGGCUCUUCUGCUGCGGGCGGCUCUGCGCUGCGAGUUCAGGGACAACCAAGCCAGCAAGACGCUGAGGCGGCCGGCUGGCUCCACCCUCCUGCGCACCUGGGACUGGGCAACCUGGGGGAGGCGCCAAACAGAUCUCUGCACCCCGGAGCCACAUAUGCUUAAGACAGCCCUGCGCACACACUUCAAAACACCUGGAUUUACCUGCUCAGCUAACAAAAACACCAACACCUGGGCUGGCCUGAAACAUUUUCCUGGCCCAAGCAGCUGCCUUAAGACUGCGCUGCCACCUUCUUUGCUGGCCUCUGCUUCUGCACUUUUGCCAGCAACUUAGCCUGCCACUAUUACCAGGCCAGUCCCCUUCCUGGGAAAAGCAGCUGCUGCUGCUCUCUGCGCAUCAAGCAGCUGCUAGAGACACAAGGGUUUGUUUUCUUGGUCAGUUGGCAUUUCUAGAGUUGAGGGUCCUUUGCACAGAAGGGGUUAGGCACAACUCGCUGAUUCCUAAAGUCCCAGCCUACCUCUGGGAACUGGGUGGGGCUUACUUCUGAGUAAAUGUGCACAGGAUCAAGCUGCCCAGCUGCAAAUCUAAAGGCCAUUUGCUGCUGAGCCAGGAUUUGAGAAUGGUAUCCUGUCCCUGAGCCUAGUUCUCUCUCUCUCUCUCUCUCUCUCUCUCUCUCUCUCUCUCUUUCUCUUUCUCUCUCUCUCUGCAACCCUGGAUCACUGUGGUUUGAAACUGUUUUGCAGGAAUACCUUGUCAGGGAAGCCAGAAAUCAGCCCUUUUGGAUCGGACUCUCUGACCAAAAUACAGAAGGCGUUUGGACCUGGGUGGACGGCACAAAGUACAACGAAAAGCUUAGGUGGGUCUGAUCAGCUCUUUAAAAAAGAAGAAAACACAGUCUGUGGCUUUCUGUAUUCUUUCACUUCAGGUGCCCCUACAAAACAGACUUUUUCAUAUAGUCCUCGCCUCCGUCCCAGGAGACCCCUGGAAAAGUGCUACUCUGUGAUUUCCUAAAACAAACCAAAAUCAGGAAAGAUAAUCCCUGACCAAUAGGGAUCUUUGAGUAAUAGGGACCCUGACUAAUAGGAACACAUCAUGCUCCUUCUUCUGGGAUAGUUUGACCACCUUUGGUCGCACUCAGCUCUCACCUGUGGCUCCUAGAAUGUGUUAGCAUGCGACAGCGGACACACCCCAGGAAUGGCUUUGACUGGCCGGCUAAACAAGGAGAGGGGAGCUGAUGGGUCUCAAGCCCUCAGUGCAAAGCCAGGCUCUGGGAAUUGAGUGGAUGAGACUAAUAGUGGGUCCAAUGGUCAAGAAAGCAGUUUCUGCACAUGCUGUAGAGCAUGGGUAGGCAAACUAAGGCCCGGGGGGCAGAUCCGGCCUAAUCGCUUUCUAAAUCCAGCCCGCGGACGGUUCGGGAAUCAGCGUGUUUUUACAUGAGUAGAAUGUGUCCUUUUAUUUAAAAUGCAUCUCUGGGUUAUUUGUGGGGCAUAGGAAUUCGUUCAUAUUUUUUCCUCCAAAUAUAGUCCGGCCCCCCACAAGGUCUGAGGAACAGUGGACCGGCCCCCUGCUGAAAAAGUUUGCUGACCCCUGCUGUAGAGGGAAGAGAGGGGCAGGUGGGGCUCAUCCACCUGGGAAGGCAGCCCAUCUAAGAGAAGGAAAACUCUGAUUCUAAACUUCUGGUGCCUUGCGGGACAUGUUCCAGAGAAGAAAAGGCCAAGGAGUAAACUCUACACAAAUCUGAAGUGGAGUCCCUAAGACGGUUGGCUGGCACCUUGCACGCCUUCUUCCAGCAAAUGCUACAGCCAAGCAUUUGCCAAAAAUAUUGCUCUGCUUUCCUUUGGACCCCAUCAGCGAGGCUGAGAGAGGGGUCUUGUCGUCUGGGCAGCCCAGGACAUCCAGGCUUGCAUCCUGGGGGGGUCACUGUGGCACUGCUAACAUAGCAGUUUGACUUCACCCGCAGAGGUGCACUCCGUUGUCUCUCAAGACAGACGGAGGCCAACAAGGGAUCUGUUGCACUGCAUGCAUAAAGGUAAAGGGACCCCUGACCGUUAGGUCCAGUCGCGGACGACUCUGGGGUUGCGGCGCUCAUCUCACUUUACUGGCCGAGAGAGCCGGCGUACAGCUUCCGGGUCAUGUGGCCAGCAUGACUAAGCCGCUUCUGGUGAACCAGAGCAGCGCACGGAAACACUGUUUACCUUCCCGCCGGAGCGGUACCUAUUUAUCUACUUGCACUUUGAUGUGCUUUCGAACUGCUAGGUUGGCAGGAGCAGGGACCAAGCAACGGGAGCUCACCCCAUCACGGGGAUUCGAACCGCCGACCUUCUGAUCGGCAACUCCUAGGUGUUGGAGGGGGAUUUCCAGCUGGUGGCAGAGGACAGAGUGACUCCAGGAGACAUAGGUGUAAAAACCCAAACUAAAACGAAGACUUUAUUACUAAACAAUAAACACAAACUCUGGUGGGUGUUAUUCCUGCAGGCAGGCUACAAAACUCAGCUUUUUUCCUUUAUAGCAACGGCCAGCUGCAGCCAAUUAACCCCAGAAACUUCUUUAAGGUAUACACACAUGUUUCUGUGCCGAAUGUCCUCUAACACUAGGCUCUGUGGUUUAACCCAAAGCGCCACCCGCGUCCCUAAGAUAUAUAUAUAUAUUUUAAAGCAUGCCAGCUAUAUAAUCACAGCCUCUCGCCUUCUUUUCCAGUUUCUGGGGACAAGGACAACCAGACAACUGGCAUGGAGCACCACAACAUGAGGAAGACUGUGUUCACUUCACAAAGCACUGGAACGACGUCAGCUGCACAUACAACUAUAAAUGGUUCUGUAAGAAGGUCUUCUCCUGA